CUGGCCAUGGUUCCCGUUUAAAACUUACAGUGAGCUGACUUUUCUAAGAACCGACCUUGUCAUGAUUUACAGUUUUCCUGGCGUGGAGGUUGGAGAGGAGAACUCUGAUCAGAAUACCAUUGAAUGUCAGUUUCCUCUUGGAAAGUUGACGGCAAAACUCCAAGUAAAAGCCUGUCCCAUCGGGCGGUUCGGGCGGUUCUGUGCGGAGCGCUGCCAGUGUUAUAACGGAGCAGCAUGUCACAGCUUCAACGGUGCGUGCAGGUGCGCCCCUGGCUGGACGGGAAGGAACUGCACCACAGAAAAUCCGGAAGUGCUCAUCAGUCCUCCGGCCAGAGAACUGACAGACUUGCGGUACAGACAGGAACUGCAGCUCACCUGCACGGCCUACAAACUUGACGUCACAGACAUCACGUGGUCCUUUCCGAGUGGCGCUUCUGUCGACCCGCUACCUGUGAAAAGCAGCCAGAACUCUUCUGUUCUACACAUCAACUCCCUGCUGCCUGUGCACGAGGGUCACGUGACCUGUGAAGCUCUUACCAGCAGCGGUGACAGAUUCAGUGACGUGGUGGACAUACGGAUAGUGUGUGAGGAAGAUUACUGGGGCGAACUGUGUGACCGGGUCUGCAACUGUACAGAACCGGAAACCUGCAGCCGGACCCUGGGCUGCGUCUGUGAGGGUGAGGGGUGUCCGGCCUCCCAGACUGUCCUCCUUGCCAUCAGUCUGUCGGCAGGCGCGCUGAUUCUCCUACUACUCGGCGCCAUCUUCCUGCUCUACCGGCACAACAACAGGCUGCGGGUCGGCAACAUCGACGAUCCGGAGGUCUUCCAGCUCGGACAGGACCUGAAGGCCCUGAUGCCGCCUGCAGCAGGCUCCACGUCAGGCAGUAUCGACAUGGAGCUGCUGAAGGAAAAGGAAAUCGACAGGAACAGGCUGCAGUGCGGACAGCUCCUGGGAGAGGGCGCUUUUGGUCGUGUCGUCAAGGCAACACUGACCCCACCUGAGGAGGUUGAUUUGGAGGUCAUGGUGGCUGUUAAGGAACUCAAAGACGAUGAUGACCCCCAGGCCAGACAGGCCCUUCUGCGGGAAACCUGCAUCAUGUUGUUGUGUGGUAACCAUGACAACGUCCUCGGGCUGAAAGGCAUCUGUUUUAGAGACGGGCCGCUUCAACUGGUGUUGGAAUAUGCCGAACACGGGAGUCUCCUUCACCUGCUGUGGACGUUACGUGCGGAGUCCAAACUCAACAGGACCGUUCUGGUCAACAAACGGCACAUCUUCGAGAACAUGAUGCUGGAGGUCUGCUGCGGACUGGAGCACCUGGCGACCAGGAGGCUGGUUCACCGAGACAUCGCGGCCCGGAACAUCCUGAUCUGUGGGAAGGGAACCGCCAAGAUCGCGGACUUCGGGCUAGCCCGGGACGUGUACGCUGUAGGGUACCAUCGGCAGGACAGGGGCGAUGCCCUGCUACCAUUGAAGUGGAUGGCACCAGAGAGCCUGAAGAACGAGGCUAGGUUCACACACAAGAGUGACGUCUGGUCCUUCGGGGUUCUGUUGUGGGAGGUGGCGCAGCUGGGCCGCACGCCGUACCCUGGGAUAGAUGGGGCAGACAGAAUAUAUGAUGCUCUUCAAAACCACUUCAGACUCCCCAGGCCUCAGCUGUGUACAGAAGAAAGAUACCAGCUGAUGCUGAAGUGUUGGAAGUUUAACGAGGAGACCAGACCAGACGCCACAACUGUCAGGAAACUACUAAAGGCGGAUCCCAAUGGCUUCUUCUACUUUAACGCACCCGUUACAACAGUGGAGGUCAAUCCGAUAUGAGACAGUAUUGGACUUCAAGGCAAAGUAUUUAGUCUGGAGGAGCACAAAUGGCAAUGUGUACACUGUAUAUAAAGGGAAGAUCUGCUAGUGCCAUGACAAGGGUCCAUAUAACCGUCAUUUUAUUUUUAUCCAACUAAGUAUCAAUAACUUUUGCGCAAAAUGUGAAUGCUUC